UGGUUUGUUCAUGUAUGUGUGCAAAGAUUUUGUACACACAGUGUCCCAUGAUGCCCAUGAUGCCAUUGCCGUGUACUCUUCAAAUCAAUAAAAAGACAGAAAAGCAAAGAGAAAUUAUAACUAAUUCUAUCUCUCUCUCUAAAGUCAAAAGUCCCAGAAUCUAGUUCUGGCUUUGAACUUUGAAGACGUAAACUUGCAUCGGUUUUUGUCUCCUCUAAAGCUAACCGGCGGUUCUUGCGCUCUGGCAUUUGCUUACCAUGUUUCAUCUUCAUCAUUUGAUUCAUUUCACCUAUAGUCCUUCCUGUUCCAACAACCUCUGACAGAGAGCUGUGUUUUGAUGUUUUUGUCGUUUUGGAGGGAAAAUAAUUCUGGGUUUUGAGUGAAGCCAUGAGAAUGUUGCUGCAGAGGAAUUUCUUGGUUGUCGUGUUAUGGAUUAUAGGAGUUGUUGGAGCUAAUCUGUACACUGUGGAUUGUCUCCCACAUCGAAUUCUUUUGGAUACAGAUGUUGAUACUGAUGAUUUCUUUGCCCUCUUGUACCUCUUGAAGCAGAACAGAUCAGAGUUUGAGGUGGAAGCAGUCACUAUCAAUGUAAAUGCAUGGACUGAUGCUGGACAUGCUGUGAAUCAAAUUUAUGACAUUCUUUACAUGAUGGGCCGUGAUGACAUUGCUGUUGGAGUUGGGGGUGAUGGUGGGAUACUAGAAGAUGGUACAAUACUGCCAAAUGUUGGAGGCUAUCUUCCUAUUAUUGAACAGGGGAAUACAACUGUAGGAUAUUGUAGAUAUAGACAAGCUAUUCCCGUUGGUCAAGGAGGGCGAUUAGAUAUUGAUUCCAACUUUGGAAUCCGAAAAGCUUUCCUCCCGCAGGGGAGAAGGAAGUAUACUCCUCUUUGGCAACCAACUGCACAACAAGUGAUGAUUGACAAAAUAUCAGCAGGUCCCAUGACUGUUUUUCUUAUAGGAGCACAUACAAAUUUUGCUAUUUUCCUUAUGAAUAAUCCACAUCUAAAGAAAAAUGUUGAGCAUAUCUAUGUUAUGGGUGGUGGUGUGAGAUCAAAGAAUCCGACUGGUUGUUGCCCACAAAAUGCAAGCUCAUCUUGCACGCCUCAGCAAUGCGGUGACCAUGGUAAUAUGUUCACAGAUUAUACUAGUAACCCGUAUGCAGAGUUCAAUAUAUUUGGAGAUCCUUUUGCUGCAUACCAGGUUUUUCAUUCUGGUAUUCCCAUCACCCUUGUUCCUUUGGAUGCAACAAACACCAUCCCCAUCAGUGAGAAUUUCUUUAACAGAUUUGAGAAGAAUCAGAAUACGUAUGAGGCACAAUACUGCUACCAGUCACUGAAAAUAGCUCGUGAUACAUGGUUUGAUGACCAAUUCUAUACGAGCUAUUUUAUGUGGGACUCCUUUUUAUCUGGUGUGGCAACUUCAAUCAUGCGUAACUCACACAACCAUAAUGGGGAAAAUGAAUUUGCGGAAAUGGAGUAUAUGAAUAUAACUGUAGUUACUUCAAACAAACCUUAUGGGGUGUAUGAUGGCUCCAAUCCAUUCUUUGAUGGCCGUGAAGUUCCAGAAUUCAAUUUAAAGAAGGGUGGAGUACAUAGUGGUCAUGUUCAGACUAGACUUCGAGAUCCUUUUUGCAUCGUCAAGAAUGGGAAAGGGAAAUGCCAGGAUGGUUAUACAGCAGAGGUAACUGGUUCAGAAGCCGUUCAAGUGCUAGUUGCUACAAAAGCAAAGCCUAAUCAGAACAUUGACAGCCCACUAGACAGAGAAUUUUUUAUAAGUUUCUUGGAUGCUCUAAACCGCCCUCAACAUACUGGCAGAUUCAAUUUUACGACACAAUUUCCUCAUUACAAAGAAGUUCUUUACAAACCAAAUUUUAGAUCUAAAAAACUUGGGAAACCUGUUGUUUUUGAUAUGGAUAUGAGUGCUGGAGAUUUCCUAGCUCUGUUUUACCUCCUUAAAGUGCCUGUGGAAGUGAUCAACCUCAAGGCAGUAAUAGUAAGCACAACCGGUUGGGCAAAUGCUGCAACAAUAGAUAUCAUUUAUGAUUUACUUCAUAUGAUGGGCCGUGAUGACAUUCUGGUUGGUCUUGGAGAUGUUUUUGCAAUGAACCAAACUGAUCCAAUCUCCUCAGCUGUUGGAGACUGCAGAUAUGUUAAGGCCAUCCCACAUGGGAGUGGUGGGCUUAUCGACUCAGACACUCUCUACGGUUUGGCACGAGAAUUGCCACGAAGCCCCAGAAGGUAUACAGCACAGAACUCUGUAAAGUAUGGAGCUCCUCGGAACACUGAUCAUCCUGAACUCAGACAACCUCUAGCAUUGGAAGUUUGGGAUUCUAUAGUGGCAAAUCUUGAUCCAGGAUCUAAGAUUACCAUACUGACCAAUGGACCCCUUACUAAUCUAGCAAAGAUUAUUCUAUCGGAGAAAAAUGCUACCUCUUUUAUCCAGGAUGUGUAUAUAGUUGGAGGGCACAUCAGUCAUGGUCCCUGGGACAAAGGAAAUGUGUUUACUGUUCACUCCAACAAAUAUGCAGAAUUCAAUAUGUUUCUUGACCCUGUGGCUGCAAAGACAGUCUUUGAUUCAAAGGUUAACAUCACACUCAUUCCACUUGGCGUCCAGCGUAGAGUUGGUUCAUUACCAAGGAUCUUAGAAAGGUUGCUAGAGACAAAAAGGACACCUGAAGCUAAGUUUGCCAGCCGAUUACUGUCAAGGAUAUACCUCUUGCAAAAAUUGCACUUUUUAUAUAAACACAUGGAUAUAUUUUCUGGGGAAAUCCUUGGUGCAGUAGCACUUGCCGGUGAUCUAAAGCCAACCGUGCAAGUAAAGCCUGUCAAAAUCUUUGCUCAAGGGGUUGAAUCCAAAGAUGGACAGACUGUGAUUGAUAAAAAGUAUGGAAAAUUGGUGAAAAUAUUGGAGAAUGUAGAUCCAAUAGCUUAUUAUGAUCUAUUUGCAAAUAGGCUUGGUAACAUGAAGCAAUCUGCAGUGAUAGGAAGCUUUGAUGAACAGAAAAGGCAGUGGAGUACACAGCCAAAAUAACUUUGGCUUUAAGUCAAUUGGUUAAAAAUUCUCUGAUAACAGAAAAUUGCUGGUAUUCUUUACAUAGAAUGUUUAUAAGACCAUGUUUCAUGUUAAAGUGGUCACAAAAUUCCACUCAAAUUUGUUCUUUCUCUAUGUUUUUGUUGUAGCAAAUGUUCAUUGUCUAAUUAUUUUUUUAC